AGAAAUAUAGUCAUCAUCGGAUAUUUACAAAAAGCGAUUGGCAACAUCUUGCAUGUAUGCGGAGACAGCUGUUUGAGACUAGUAUUUAUAGUUAGUUAGACAUAUCUAAAAAUCUGUUGAGCUGUUACACGCUCAUGCAGUCCAUAACUUGUUGUAAGCGGGCAUUGCCGCUCGUGUUCAGAAAAACGAAUGACAUUUUUUCACAUCUCAUCGAUCGUCUUUCAAGGAAGGACACCUAGCUGGCUAGCUUUAGGCUAUCCUUUACUCGAAGGCUAAUGAUAGGCAUGCCGCUAAUGCACUAGCUACUGAACAUGUCAAUUACAUUUUGUUUUAUUCUUUAUAAUUGUAGCAACUGGUUAUGUUAUUGUCACUGUUAGUGAUGCAAGCAGUGACUUUAAAUCUGUAUCAUGAAUAGCAUAGACAGUUUAUAAACAUAGCUAGCUUAACGGUAUUAGCUAGCUUAAUGCUAUCUAGGUCUCCCCAUUGCAUUGAAUAAUUUUGUCAAAGCUAUUAGCCAGCUACCGUUCUACUGAAGAGAAAUCGCAGCCAAAAUGGAUUCAUUCUUGGACUAUGAAGAAUGCAUCCAGGACUCACCUGCAUUUAGGCUUACCCUGGAUAAGUGUCAAACUGAUGUUGCAGAGCUGCAGAGUCAAGUGGAAAAGGUGAUGAAGCUCUGUGGCAAGAUGGUUGAAUCAGGGCAAGCAUACAACACAGCAAAUCAGCAUUUCCUCGCCGGACUGGCCGAGUUCUCCACGUAUCACAAACGUGACAGCGUCAUCAUGAACUGCAUGAGUCAGUUCAUUCAAGGACUACAGGAGAUGAUCAACUUUCAUACUGUGCUGUUUGACCAGACGCAAAGAGCUAUCAAUCAGCAGCUGUCAAACCUUCUCACACAGUUCAUACCACAGCUAGGAGAGACUAGGAAGGAGUUUGUGCGGAUUGGGGAGGAUCUGGAGACGGCGGCGGUGAAAAAUGCCCAGAUAUACCGCCACAAAGUCACCGAUGCAGAGCGCGCCAGCCAUCUUCUGUUGGCCACACGCAAAUGUCACCAGCACUUUGCCCUUGAUUACUGCUUGCAGCUGAAUAACUUCAAGGCCCAGCAGAAGCUGGACAUCCUAAAUUCUGUGUUCUCCUACUUCCAUGCCCAGUAUACCUUCUUCCACCAAGGCUUUGACUUGCUGAGAGACUUGGAGCCCACUAUGAAGUCCAUGGCCGCACAGCUCGCCCAGCUCUCGACUGAAUGUACAGCUAAAAGAAAGGACCUGGAGAAUACCCACCUACUGGUCCAGCAGAGAGAUGCCUCAGGGGAGCCCAUACUAAGUUCCUGUCCUGAUGGUGGGGAAACCAUACAGGGCUACCUCUUCAAAAGAUCUCGGAGAAAGAACAAGACAUGGAAGAGAUGCUGGUUUUCCAUUAAAGACAACCAAUUGGUGUACACAAAGUCACAUAAGGAGGAGCCUGUUUCGCUGUUUGAUGACCUCAGGCUGUGUGCGGUGAAGUCUCUGGACAGCAUUGACCGCCGCUUCAGUUUUGAGCUGGUUUCUGUUAAAAAAUGCUGUGCCCUCCAGGCUGACUCAGAGGAGCUGAAGCAGGCUUGGAUCAGUGCCGUUCAAGGGAGCAUAGACAUGGCCUACCGCGAGAGAGUGGAGUCCCAGCAGCCUCAGCCCAAAGAAAGCCCUCUUCCCCUCCAGAGCGCCUCAGACCCCCAGCCAGGACAGCCUCCUCAAAGGCCUGCAGCGUUGGUUGUGGCCCUCCAAAGUCCGGGGAACCACCGCUGCUGCGACUGCAGUGAGGAGGAGCCACGCUGGGCCAGCAUCAACCUGGGUAUCACCAUGUGCAUCGAGUGCUCCGGCAUCCACAGGAGCCUCGGGGUCCAUCUCUCCAAAGUGCGAUCUCUCACCCUAGACUCCUGGGAUCCCGAACAGCUGAAGCUGCUGUGUGGUCUGGGUAAUGAUGUCAUCAAUGGGAUAUAUGAGUCCAGGUGUGCAGCAGAGGGCAGAGUAAAGCCUAGUGCUGGCAGCCCUCGCCCAGAGAAAGAGACAUGGAUCAAAGAGAAAUAUGUGGAGAAAAGAUUUGUGAAGGAUGCCAGCUUGCCUGAAACACAGAUUGGGAGGGAGAAUGCAGGGCGCCAGUUGUACCAGGCUGCUUUCCAAGGGGACCUGGUCACCAUGGCAUCAGCGUUGGCGCAGGGUGCAGAGGUGAACUGGAGCCACGCUGAGGAGGAGGGACGCACUGCUCUCAUUGGCUCAACUUUUGGGGGCUCCCUAUCGGCCUGUGAGUUUCUACUGCAGAAUGGAGCCAAUGUAAACUACCGUGACCAGCGCGGCCAAGGUGCCCUUCACACUGCAGCCACCUGGGGCCACACAGGGCAAGUGUGUCUACUUCUAAAAAAGGGAGCCAAUCAGUAUGCAGUUGACGAGAGGGGGCAGGACCCACUCGCCAUUGCCAUAGAGACAGCACAUGCCGAUAUUGUUACCCUACUACGAAUGGCUCGCAUGAAUGAAGAGAUGAGAGACUCAGAGGGAUUCUUUGGAUCUAUGGGUGACGAUGAGACAUUUCAAGACAUCUUCCGUGACUUCAGUGAUAUGGCUUCUCACGAUCCAGAAAGACUGACCCGUCGACAGUUCAGCAGAAGCGGAGAAGCGGAGGGACAGGACAAGAGGAUGAUGAAUGACCAGCACAAGGCAGAGAAGGAGGAGGAAGACACAUAGGGAGACUCUCAAUUGAAAAAUACUCCUCGUGUCCUCUCAUCUUGCCUCUUUCUAAAAACCCAUUGGAGGAAAAGAUCAGACGGGUGGGGCCUCUGGCAUUCUCAUCCAAUGAGUUGUGAGGAGAGAGGACGCAAGGAUUAUGCAAUAGAGAUUCUCCCAUGUAAAUAAAGAGGAGGAGACCUAGGGUUGGGAAUUAUAAAGGAAAAGGGUCAUUACCACUUUUCAGGUCAAGAAUGGGGAACCCAGGGGUGAAUUCAAUGAGGUGAAACAUUCACAUCGUUGCAGGUAGAAAUGACAUGACUCUCAGUUCUACAUAACAGACACUCACACCUAAUAUAUACAAAACAUUUACAGUAUAUCUAAACAUUCCGUAAAGUUGCACCCUCCUGGUCCUUCAGGGCUGCAGUGUCUGACAGUUGUAAUAUAAUAAUAAUAAUAAUAUUUGCCAUUUAGCAGACGCUUUUAUCCAAAGCGACUUACAGUCAUGUGUGCAUACAUUCUACGUAUGGGUGGUCCCGGGAAUCGAACCCACUACCCUGGCGUUACAAGCGCCAUGCUCUACCAACUGAGCUACAGAAGUUGUCAUUGUGCCUCAGCAGUUAAAUAACAAAUCAAAUUCUGACUUGAACAUAGUAAAAACAUUUUUUUUUUACUUGCUUCAGUUUUGAGGCACACUUUUGAAGUUAUUAGAAAAGUUACCUGAACAUUUUACAAAGAAAAAUGAAACUUAAACUACUAGGUCUACUGCUACAAGGAAGCAAACAGGAUCUCAAUCCUGUUUAGAACUUAUAAUAUUAAAUGUUACAGUCUUGAAUACUGGUCAGUAGACCCUUAAACCCUCAAGGAAUGAAUGCUCCCAUUCUUGUGAAUGGAUGUUUCAUAGGAUGGAUGCAUAUGAACUGUGUUUGCACAGUCUGCUGUAAUGACCAAAAAGGACAUAAAUAAGGAAUAUAAAAGGGUUACAUAUUGAAAUACUAAAGUAUUAUAUUUAUGUAUUGUUAUUAGCAACUCCAAUAUUUCAGAUGUUAUUAGAUGACUUACACUUACUGACUGAACUGCUACAUGCAAUAGCCUAUACUUGUUGCUACUUACAGGUAAUCUGAGGGAACAGUUGAUUCUUGCUGAAUGUGGGGUAAUAUAAUAAUAAUAUAAUAUAUGCCAUUUAGCAGACGCUUUUAUCCAAAGCGACUUACAGUCAUGUGUGCAUACAUUCUAUGUAUGGGUGGUCCCGGGGAUCGAACCCACUACCCUGGCGUUACAAGCGCCAUGCUCUACCAACUGAGCUACAGAAGGACCACCGGGGUGUGUAGGACAACCGGGGUGUAUUCACUAGGAGCCAAACAGGACGAAACAGGGAGGGACCUACCCAAAUCUGUUCAAUAAGAACUCUCAUUUUCAUUGCAGAACAUUUUCUAUUGUGAAACAUUUUUGUACAGUGUGUACUAAUGAUUACACCCCAGUUAAUCUUUCAAUUUGAGUCUGGAUCAAUCCCAUUGAAAGCAAUGGCUCCUUAUAAAAGAUUAUGUUUUUGUUUGCAGAGGAAAUAAGUGGACCAAAACUAUAAAACGAGAAUGCAGGGAUUUAGAAUGUAUUAUAAAGUGGGUAGUUUGGGUCCUGGAUUAUAAUUGGCUGAAACAGCAUUUCAGCUGUGUGUAUAUCAGACAAUAUGACGCAGAAUACUUGUUUACUGUUCUACUUGUGUUGGUAACCAGUUUAUAAUGGCAAUUAGGCAUCUUGGGGGUUUGUGGUAUAUGGCCAACAUUCCACAUCCCCUUGGGCCCUAUUGCUUAAAUAUAGGCCUAUUAUAUGUGAUUUUACUGUGGCACAGUCAGAUAUAAUAAAAAUGUGUCAAUACUG